AUGAGAUGGAGCAGUCCCCUGCAAUGCGUUCUGACUACUUGGUCUCAGGGAUUCGAACUCCGCCAGUGAGGAGGAACAGCAAACUGGCAACACUGGGCAGGAUCUUCAAACCAUGGAAGUGGCGGAAAAAGAAAAACGAGAAGCUAAAGCAGACAUCUGCAGUGCUGGAAAAGAAGAUGACAGCACGACAAGGUCGGGAUGAACUCAUUAAGAAAGGUCUUCUGGAGAUGAUGGAACAAGAUACCGAAGGCAAAGCCUGCACUGGUGACGAUGCCACGAGAGCAACGCAGAGUGACCCUCCAGCUCCUGUGUGCCAGGCACUUACCUCAGAAGAGGUGCAGCAAGAGAGUACAAUAGCAGCCACAACGAAUGUGACCUCGCUUGGUGAGGAGCUGCAUUUGGAUGAGCUGAAAGAAGAUGCAGCCAAGAAACCUUCAGCACCCACGGAAGAAUUAGAAGAUGCCAGCCUGCCAGCAUCUGAAGACAGUCCGCAAGCCUUACUUGUAUCCGAAUCCACAGAUUCCCCCCAGAAACAGACAGAAAGAAACCCAGCACAGCUUCCCAGCCCUCCGUUGCUCCCAGCUCCACCACCUAAGGCAAUCUCCAAAAUCACAAAGAGCGUAACAGCAGGAAGUGAAAUAGAUGACCCAGCCAUGAAAUCUCCUCCGUCCACCAUCCUGAAGAAUUAUGUCGUCGUUGGUUCCUCCCAAAUCUCAGGACAAGCUGCCCUCUUCCAUCCCUCUGGCCAGAAAAGUUCAGAUCCCCAUGUCAGAGGACAGGUAACAACACCAACCAGUUCGCCUCACCUGGCUGCCGUCCACCUGCCUUUACCUCCCAGCAGAGUCAUUGAAGAACUCCACAGGGCUCUGGCCACCAAACACCGUCAGGACAGCUUCCAUGGAAGAGAAAGCAAAGGCUCUCCAAAAAAAAGAGUGGAUGUCCGUCCAUCCAGAACAUCUAGCAUUGAGCGCAACAAAGAAAAGGAGAACUCACUGAGUUACAGCAGUGAUUCAGAAAAUAAGCGGAACUCAGUUAAAGAGUCGGAUGAGAACAAAGAAAACAUGAUUAUGAACUCAGAGCUCAAGGAAGACUCUGUUUUUUAUCAGGAUGAGGAAGUUUUGAAUGACUCCAUUAUUUCUGGUACUUUGCCAAGAAAAUGCAAGAAAGAACUGCUGGCAGUAAAACUACGAAACAGACCGAGUAAGCAGGAGCUGGAAGACAGGAAUAUUUUCCCAAGGAGGACAGAUGAGGAAAGACAGGAAAUCCGGCAGCAAAUUGAAAUGAAACUCUCGAAGCGACUCAGCCAAAGACCUGCUGUUGAGGAGCUAGAAAGAAGAAACAUACUUAAACAACGAAAUGAUCAAACAGAACAGGAAGAAAGAAGGGAAAUCAAACAGAGACUGACAAGAAAGCUUAACCAGAGACCUACGGUUGAUGAACUAAGAGACAGAAAAAUCCUGAUUCGAUUCAGUGAUUAUGUGGAAGUGGCAAAAGCACAGGACUACGACAGGCGAGCAGAUAAACCGUGGACAAGACUAUCAGCAGCAGAUAAGGCAGCAAUUCGGAAAGAGCUAAAUGAAUACAAAAGUAAUGAAAUGGAGGUACAUGCAUCAAGCAAACAUUUGACAAGAUUUCACAGGCCAUAGAAAUUUUCUUCUGAGAAGAAUCUGUCUUUACUUUUUGAUAUCGCUG